AUGUACUCCCUUUUAACCCUCCAGCCGGCGCUGCCGCGCUUAGCGCGCAGCUCGCGCCGAGUCCAGCGAAGCUCAAUCUGCGCAAACCGCAGCAUUGCUACGAAGAGCUCCGGCGACGCGCCUUUCGCAUACACAUGGCUCGCAAAGAGGCCAUACAACAUUAACCCAGAUGAUGUCGUUUCGAGCCUUCCUUCAUCACCUCUCGCGAAAGAUACCAUCCCUCUCCUCCUCGUCACCCCCGGAUUUGCUCACUGGCUCGCUCCGACCGAUGUGUUCCUCGGAAAUCUCCUGAACCGUUUAUAUAGCGGCUCCGAUUCAAUCUAUGCUGUCGCAGCUGUCGUCGACAAGCUCCCAAAUAGCAAUGUAUUGGCAUUCAAAUCACCAUCGUCGGAACGCGACGGCGCCUCUUUCGAAGAUUCAGAGUCGGAGGGUCUGUCUCUGUUGGCUGUACCAGAACUCAAUGUCCAAGGAAAAGCUGCACCGCCCCGUCGCAUCGGGGGCCCUGCUGCGGAACAGCCAGACAUCGGGGUCUCGGUAGACGCAGCUGAUUUGACUACCUAUCAGAUUGGCCUACGACUUGCUCAGACCAUCUUUGUCAAUGGCAAAGAAUCAACGCUCUUUGGCAUGCGCUGGACCAGGGAUAACGGAAAUGCGUCUAGUGAUGCACUCGUCCUGAAUAAUUCAGUGGAUCUCAUUAACUGCAUCGUCAAAACCUCGUCACCCACCACCGAUAUCCAAUCCUCAUUAACAUUACCACUACAUCCUGUCGGCCAACGACGAAAGGUUAUCUCGAGCAUGGGAAAUAUUCUACGAGAAGUAUCUAAAUCGACGGACCCGGCUUCGGUCGCGCCAAUGCCCGCCUCUACCGAGCUGGAGAAGGAACUCCCUCGCUAUAUUGCCGAAAAUAAUAUUGUUGACCAACGUGUCUCUGUGUGGGCACUCGUUGAGAAGCCUGGCACGACCAUCUCAUGCUCGCAGGAUGGGGUGCUAGAGUCCGUGUUGAAUGGCGGAAGAUUACAUCGCGUCAUGAGCGGCGGAGGUGGAUGGGGAAAGAAACAGGGUCUUCUCUCCCUAGACCCUGAGAUCGGGUUCCCUGGAACUGCGGGUCAGGUUGAACUCGACCAUUUGGAUGAUCUAUUCAGUCCGAACACUAGCAAGAUGUCAGACUUGCCGCCACUUUUCAACGAAAUGGUUGGGGAUGAUCUCUCUAUGCUGUCGCAGGUUGCAGCAGAAGGCGAUUUCAUUCAAUUCUAUGUUUCGACUGACCCAAUUGCUGCUGAACACGAUGCUUCAGAGAAAAAAAGUGCACACGAAGAAGCAAUCUCUUACUGCUUUGGGGUUGUGUCUAAUGCCGAAGAAGCCCACGGACAGGAUGUGAACGCCGGGAGAGAGGAUAUCGUCGUUCUUCCAAAUGCUUUCGGUGCACUCUCUGAGAAGGCGAUAACAUAUUCUCAGUUCCUUCCUAAGUCGGAAAACCAAGAUCAAGAGGCAGUGGAAUGGGCAUGCCACCCUAGCACGAAGCUUGAUAUACCAGGAUGUCGAGUGGAGCUUGGCCCGUCAACGGAAUCCGCCUAG